CUGCCUACCAUGUGACGCGGUCCAGAGCUGAAGGGAUUGGCCGAGGCAACGCAGGCGGUGCAGCUCGGCCGGCUGGCUGUUCCUCUCCCUUUCUCUCGCAGCAUCUUCCUGGGAGCCUGUAGGUGAAGCAGCACCAGCAGCAUCCAUGGCCUAUCUUUGGGGUUAACACUUGUCUCCUUUGGCUUCAGCAGCGGACACAGCAGAUCUCUCGGCGGCAGCAGCGUUGCGAGGACUUAAGCUGAGACCUGGCAUCGUAUCCUCCUGUGUUUUUUCAGACUCUGGAAAUUAAGGAAUGCAAUUCUGCCACCAUGAUGGAAGGAUUGAAAAAACGUACAAGGAAGGCCUUUGGAAUACGGAAGAAAGAAAAGGACACUGAUUCUACAGGUUCACCAGAUAGAGAUGGAAUUCAGCCCAGCCCACAUGAACCACCCUACAAUAACAAAGCAGAGUGCGCGCGUGAAGGAGGAAAAAAAGUUUCGAAGAAAAGCAAUGGAGCACCAAAUGGAUUUUAUGCAGAAAUUGAUUGGGAAAGAUAUAAUUCCCCUGAGCUGGAUGAAGAAGGCUACAGCAUCAGACCUGAGGAACCCGGCUCUACCAAAGGAAAGCACUUUUAUUCUUCGAGCGAAUCAGAAGAGGAAGAAGAAUCACACAAGAAGUUUAAUAUCAAGAUUAAGCCAUUGCAAGCUAAAGACAUUCUUAAGAACGCUGCAACUGUAGAUGAACUGAAGGCAUCAAUAGGCAACAUUGCACUUUCCCCAUCACCGGUGAGGAAAAGUCCGAGGCGCAGCCCGGGUGCAAUUAAAAGGAACUUAUCCAGUGAAGAAGUAGCGAGACCCAGGCGUUCCACACCAACUCCAGAGCUCAUAAGCAAAAAACCUUCAGAGGACACCACGGCGCUUGCUCCCCUCUUUGGUCCACCGUUAGAAUCAGCUUUUGAUGAACAGAAGACAGAAGUUCUUUUAGAUCAGCCUGAGAUAUGGGGUUCAGGCCAACCAAUUAAUCCAAGUGUGGAGUCGCCAAAGUUAACAAGGCCUUUUCCCACUGGAACACCUCCACCACUGCCUCCAAAAAAUGUACCAGCCACCCCACCCCGAACAGGCUCCCCCUUAACAGUUGGACCAGGAAAUGACCAAUCAGCCACAGAGGUCAAAAUUGAAAAGCUACCAUCCAUCAAUGAUUUGGACAGCAUUUUUGGCCCCGUGUUAUCCCCCAAGUCUGUUGCUGUUAAUGCUGAAGACAAGUGGGUCCAUUUUUCUGACACAUCCCCGGAACGUGUUACUCCAGAGUUGACUCCAAGGGAAAAGGUGAUGUCCCCACCAGCUGCCUCAGACAACCCAGCUGACUCCCCACCUCCGGGCCCCCUGGGUCCUCCUGGCCCCUCAGGACCUCCGGGUCCUCCUCGCAAUGUACCAUCGCCACUCAAUUUAGAAGAAGUCCAGAAGAAAGUUGCUGAGCAGAACUUCAUUAAAGAUGAUUACUUAGAAACAAUCUCAUCUCCUAAAGAUUUGGGGUUGGGACAGAGAGCAACUCCGCCUCCCCCACCACCACCCACCUACAGGACUGUGGUCUCGUCCCCCGGACCCGGCUCGGGCAGUGGUACGGGGACCACCAGUGGUGCAUCAUCCCCUGCUCGGCCAGCCACCCCCUUGGUUCCUUGCAGCAGCACGACCCCACCUCCACCUCCUCCCCGGCCUCCGUCUCGGCCAAAGCUACCUCCAGGGAAGCCUGGAGUUGGAGAUGUGCCCCGACCUUUCAGCCCUCCCAUCCAUUCUUCCAGCCCUCCUCCGAUAGCACCCCUAGCCCGGGCUGAAAGCACUUCUUCAAUAUCAUCUACCAAUUCCUUGAGUGCGGCCACCACUCCCACAGUUGAGAAUGAACAGCCUUCCCUCGUUUGGUUUGACAGAGGAAAGUUUUAUUUGACUUUUGAAGGUUCUUCCAGGGGACCCAGCCCCCUAACCAUGGGAGCCCAGGACACCCUCCCUGUUGCAGCAGCAUUUACAGAAACGGUCAAUGCCUACUUCAAAGGAGCAGAUCCAAGCAAAUGUAUCGUGAAGAUUACUGGAGAAAUGGUGUUGUCUUUUCCUGCCGGGAUCACCAGACACUUUGCCAACAAUCCAUCGCCAGCUGCUCUGACUUUUCGGGUGAUAAAUUUCAGCAGGUUAGAACACGUCCUGCCAAAUCCCCAACUUCUCUGCUGCGAUAAUACCCAAAAUGAUGCCAAUGCCAAGGAAUUCUGGGUAAACAUGCCAAAUUUGAUGACUCACCUAAAGAAAGUGUCGGAACAAAAACCCCAGGCUACGUAUUAUAAUGUGGACAUGCUCAAAUAUCAGGUGUCAGCCCAGGGCAUUCAGUCCACGCCUCUGAACUUGGCAGUGAACUGGCGAUGUGAACCAGCAAGCACCGACCUGCGCAUAGAUUACAAGUACAAUACAGAUGCAAUGGCAACAGCCGUGGCCCUCAACAACGUGCAGUUCUUGGUCCCCGUGGAUGGAGGGGUAACCAAGCUCCAGGCGGUGCUUCCACCAGCAGUCUGGAAUGCUGACCAACAAAGAAUAUUGUGGAAGAUUCCUGAUAUUUCUCAAAAGUCAGAAAAUGGAGGGGUAGGUUCUUUAUUGGCAAGAUUUCAGUUAUCUGAAGGCCCAAGCAAACCUUCCCCAUUGGUUGUGCAGUUUACAAGUGAAGGAAGCACUCUUUCUGGCUGUGACAUUGAACUUGUUGGAGCAGGGUACAGAUUUUCACUCAUCAAGAAAAGGUUUGCUGCAGGAAAAUACUUGGCAGAUAACUAAUAAAAUCUUAUGCAAGGAUUUGGAGAUUCAUAUAAUGGAGAACUGUUGUAUGAGAAACAGAUUUUAAUUUUGGUUUGAUGAAAACAAACCAAAAAUCUGCACUUGGGAUAUAUCUGCUGGAAAUGUCAAUGACUUUCAGCAAUGAUUUCCCUGACCCGAUACCAUGAUGACCAGUCCUACAGUAUUUACUUCUAGGUGUAAUAUUGUUAAUGGUUUUAAAAUGUAAUUAUUGUAUUUGUAAAUUGUACUCAUUCCAGUAAGGCGGUUAGAUACUUGAGUUUUAGCAUUUUACCAUUCCUGAAAUGGAUGUAAUUUAAACUGUGGUAUGUAAAUUUAAUAGUAGUACUGUUGAAUGGCACAAUGCUUACAGAGGUAGAUUGCAUUUUGUCAAUAUAUAAAAUUUAAAUAUAAUAUUGUUGGCUGUCAUAAAGGGGGUGCCACGCACAAAGAAAAUUAAGCAGAACCAGAAAAAAAAACUUCCUUUUCUUCAGUCCUUAGUAUGUUUUACUCUAGUGCUAAAUAAAAAUUCUAUCUUCAUAUGUUUAGUGGAUUAAAUUCCGAAACUAUUUCAGAAAAAAUAAUCUAAAGUUACAGCAUAUUCAAAGAAAAGCAUUAAUUGCCACUUUUUAAAAAGCUUUUUUUUCAAACUGCAAAUUUCAUAAAAAUGCAAACUGUGUAAACAGGGCCUCUUAUUUUUAUAACUUGUGUAAAAAGGGAAAGCAAUUCAUAUUUAAAGUUUAAGUAUAUGAAAUUAUAAACAAGAGUAAAGAAGACGUUGACAUCUUAAUUACUCCCCUCCCUUCCACAGAUUAGCAGAUAUGGGGACUACUGAAUAAUCAGACUAACACCAAAAUUGUGGUUUUAAAAUUUCAAGAAUUUCCAUGGUUAAACUGGUUAACAACUUUUGCACAAUAUCUCUAGACAGAGACCCUCCCAUCCUAGCAUGGAGAAUUGUACCAAGCAUCUUCCUCAUUAUCCACAGGAAUCAAAACAUUGACUCUAAAAAACCCAGAAAAGAAAGAUUUCAGUCCCCUAUUGAAAUCCAGAAGUAGAAUUUUAGUCAUCAUUUAUAUCAUAUGGGAAGGAAAAAAUAAGCUUUAUAAAUGAAAUUCUAACCACAUUAUUGUGCAAUAAAUUUCCUUUUGGAUAAGAUUCAUUAUAUGUAACUAUAAAUCUUCGCUGUUCUUAGGGAAUCAAAAAGAGAGUUAUAAAAAAUGUAUGUUAUGAUUUCAUUGUUGCAAGGUAUAAUAAAAACUGUAAUUAUUCAGUCUGGCCUCAAUAUAGGCAUUCAGGAUGGAGAAGUUCUUCUUCAGGAGUCCCAGCUAUAAAACCUUCCUCCAUUACAAUCUGAAAACAUGAAUCUUCCUUUAAGUCAUAAAACCUAUUUUAAACAUAAACUCAUUCCUGUUCUAGGUUAUACUAUUAAAUAAAUAUAAUUAUUAAGUUGUUAAAUUUAUCAUUAGUUGCUAAAUUUUACUUACAUCAUUCAUAUUUGACAAAGAACUUUAGCCCCUUAAAAUUUUAGAAUCAAAUUAAAUUUUGUAAGCUUACUUUUAAAAUGAAUUGUGACUGGCAAUUGUUUAUAGUGGAAUUUUUUAAAUUAAUAUUUGUACUCCUCAAUCAGUGCUUGCUACCAAGAGACUGUUCAAAAUGAUCUGUUUUACCUAAGAAGAAUUCUUGCUGUUCAAAUUCUCGAUUGGCUCCCCAAGCAGUCUGACGUUGAAGUUUUUGAACAAGUAACUAAUAUAGUCACUUUAAAGAUAUUCAAUUUUAUUUUGAAAUAAAAAUAGAAAAUGAAAACUUUUAAAUCUCAUAAAACAUGGGGAAAUUUCAAACACUGGAACCAAUGGAGAGUAAGUAGCAGAAAAUUGAGUAUUAUCCAGCAUAUGAAUAUAAAAAUGUGUUUUUAAGAUAUUAAUCCCUGAGAAAACAUAUUAAAUAUUAACAUAAAGCAUAUUAAAAAUAUGUAAAUAUUA